CACACUUCUAAGAAUAAGAAGUGGGGAUGGUGUAGAAUUUAGGACGUGUAGAAUACAGAGAGAAUUUAUUGUAUUUUACUUUUCACCACGAAUUCUUGAAUAGGGUGUUCUGACAUUAAUAAAAAAAUAAGAUCUUCCAUUACGGAGAGAUAAAAAAUACAAAUCGUCUACAUGACUUGAAACCACUUAAUGUAAUGAAAAGAAAACGGUAUUGGUUAGUGUAUUACAUUAUACACAACCUUUACUUUUUUGAAUGUGGGUUGAUACAUUUUGAAUAAUUGUGUGAUACUUUGUAUCCUGUAUCACAUAACGCAAAAAUCACUGUUAAAAAAAAACAUCAACAAACUUGAAGUGUAUAAGAUAUACUCAUAUUAGUUCAUCGGCUUCUAUCAGUCAUUCAUUCCAGUUCGAGUCUGGUAGUCAUACGUAGUUUUGGGGUCAGAUAAAUUACAUUUACGUAAAAUUUUCAAAAAAUAUUUAGCAAAUAAUUUUCAUUUUUCGUAAAAUUGUGUUAUUAUGGAAUCCUUAAAAGAAAAAGUUGAUGAUGUUCCUAUGGAUGAUGAUUUAGUUACAUCAGAAGAAGUAAAUCUGAAAAAGGUUGAAGGGCCUAUGGAUGAUAAUCUAGUUACCUCAAAAGAAGUAAAUGUGAAAAAGAUUAAUGAUGAUCCUAUGGACGAUGAUCUAGUUACAUCAGAAGAAGUAAAUCUGAAAAAGGUUGAUGAUGGGCCUAUGGAUGAUAAUCCAGUUACCUCAAAAGAAGUAAGUCUAGAAACAAAUGAUGAUUUGCUUAUCAUUGAUGAUCAAGUUACUUCAGAGAAAGUAAAUCUUGAUAUAGUGAUUCAUAAUAUAACAGCUACUUUUCGAGUUGGGAAUAUUAUUGACUUUAAAAAAGUGCCUCCUAAAUAUAUAGCUGUCUCAAACUGUCGAAAAAUUCAAUUAAAGAUAGAUGAUUGUACUAUCGUCAUUCAGCAUUCUGGGAAAUCUUUAUGUAUGGGAGCUUCGAGUGAAGACCAGGCAUUAACAGCAUCUAGAAAAAGUAUUAAUAUGUUAAAAUCCUGGGGGUUCGAUGUUACUUUUAGUGAAUUUAAAAUUUCAUGUUUCUUCUGUACAUGCUUACUACCUUGGAGAAUUCAGAUAGAAGCAAUGGUCACCAAAUAUUUCAAUGAUUUUACGUAUGAACCUGAACUUAACAAUUACUGUACAUUAACAAUAAAAAAAGGGGAAGGAUUUCUCGGAGUCUUCCCAACUGGAUUUAUUCGAGUGAUAAGCCCCACUGUUGAAAUGAUUUUAAAUAACUUAGAAAAAGCAUUACCGAUUCUUUCGGAGUUUCGUAUUUGAGUUUGGAAUGUUAAAAAAAAUCGAUUUAAUUUAUAAGGAGUAUAUUAUUAAAUAAAAAAAAAUAAAAUGUGAGAAAAAAAUCUGAUUUAGUAAUGAUAUAAUUUCUUUUUGAAUUUAUUAGCAUGCCUUUGUUAAUCGCGUGUUUUCAUAUAUUGUAAAUAGUUAAAUUAUACUUUGUGAAAUCUAUCAUAUCACGUAUAUAAUUAUGAACGAAAAUAUCAACAAAUUCUAAUCAUUAUAGUUAGUAUUUCAUUGAAUUUUGCCGGUUAUUUAUUCUAGUUUAAGUCUGAUAGUUUAGGGUAAGAUAAACUAUAUUUACGUACAAAUUUUCGAAAGUAUUCUUCAAAUAAUUUUCAUUUUUCGUAAAAUUUUAUUAUGGAAUCAUUGAAAGAAAAAGUUGAUGAUGUGUCGAUUAAUGAUGAUCUAAGGGCUUCGGAAGAAGUAAACCUUGAUAUAAUUGUUACUAGCUUAACAACUUCUUUUCGAGUUGGGAAUAUUAUUGACUUUAAAAAAGUGCCUCCUAAAUAUAUGGUUGUCUUAUACUGUCAAACUGUUCAAUUAAAGAUAGAUGAUUGUAAGAUCAUCAUUUGGCAUUCUGGAAAAUCUCAAUGUGUGGGAGCCUCCAGUGAAGAUCAGGCACUAACAGCAGCUAGAAAAAGUAUUGAUAUAUUAAAAUCAUGGGGGUUGGAUGUUACUUUUAGUGAAUUUAGAGUUAUGAGUUUAUUCUGUUCAUGCUUGCUACCUUGGAGAAUUCAAAUAGAAGCAAUGGUCACAAAAUAUUCCAAUAAUUUCACAUGUUUUAUUAGACGUAAAUCCAAUUAUUGGAUGUUAAAUACGACCAGAGCGCGAAGAUUUCUUGCAGUCUAUCCCUCUGGAUAUGUUCGCAUGUCAGGCUUAAAUAUUGAAGGAAUUUUAAGCAUCGUAGAAGAAGCACUUCCGUUUUUUUCGGAGUUUCGUAUAGAAUGUUAAAUUACGAAUCAAUUCAAUUUACAAGGAUGAUAUUAGCUAAAAAUAACUAAAUAAUUCAUUAUAAUCCAUGUUUUUUGUAAAAUUCAUUGAUAAUAAUGAUUAUUUAUUAGAUGU